AUGGUUCUUCAUAUCCAGAUCAGCGAUUAUGACACGUACAGACUGUUGCCAACACCGCUAGACCAAUUGCAAGGUGCACAGAAAGUUCCCAUAAUCAGAAUAUAUGGCGCUUUGCGUGUUCCGACGUCACCCCCCUCGUCGUACAAUGUUGUGGUUCAUCUCCAUAACUACUACCCCAGUUUGUACGUGGACUGUCCCCUUCUGAAAGGACCAUACGAGGCCAAUUAUCUACAUGAACUCACGGUGUUUCUUGAGGACCACUUGGCUGAAUCGUUCCGACGGAAAUCGGAGGUGGUUUCAGACGAGGAUCUUGACGAAGAUGACUUUGAUCAACCCAGCGGGACUUCCGUAAACGGCACCGCCACAAGACGCUUUAUAACAUCAAUCGAAUAUUGUAGAGGUACUCCGGCUUAUGGCUACCAUUUGGGGUAUCGUGUCGUGCUAAAGAUCCUCUUUUUACUGCCCCACUACAAGACCAGAUUCACGCGUCUCAUGGCCGAGAGGAAGAUGGACUUUGCACGGUUCGCUGGCACCCACAGAAGGAAGCCGUUGAACAGACUCAAUGUGUAUGAAGCCCACAUUAACUACUUUUCGCAGUUUCUAGCGGACUACAACUUGUUUGGUUGUUCGUGGCUUGAGGCUGCCAAAUGCCAUUUUCGUCUGCCCAUCAUUAAUAACAAUAGCCUCCCUCUCGACACUUUAAAGAAGUAUUUGGCUUCACAUAUCGCCCACAACAAUAUCCUCAAUUCAAAGAGAUACCCGCGCAUGGGAAAGUCCAUGUUGGAGAUCGAUAUCUCCGUGGGAGAUAUCCUCAAUCGAUCCAGGCUCCACGAGCGGAACAUCCAUGACAAUUUCAACGAAUUUAAUGCCUUGGCUCCUUCAAGUCAAAUCUACCUUUCUUCUCUUCAAUUGACCUAUGAUGAACUAAUGUUCCAGUGCACCUCGAGAAAUAAUGAGAAGACAUCUCAGCUACUCCACAAACUGUAUAGUCAGGUGUUCAAGAACAUUGGCAAGGGUGGCUACUGCGACUGGGAAAAUUCGAAGCACUUGAAGGAUCUUUUGCUUUACGUUCGAAAGCUUAAUAAGGAAACACACAUAGAUGACCCCAACUCGUAUUUCUCAAAGAUCAUUGUCCCAGGUUUGCCUGAUUCGUCCAUUCCCACAUGUUUUGAGCUUGUUGACAAAACUGCUUCCUUAUCGUACUUUGAGAAGGUUCCAUUACUCAAUUACAGAGAUGAUCUUCUUCGCUGGAAGUACUAUGAUCAGCUAUUUGAAACCAACGCUGAUAUCACUUCAGAGAGCGUUCUCGGUACUGAUUUUCAGAAUGCCGAAGGCGAGCACGAGAACCGUGAGCUUAAUGAAGAUCCCUUAAGAAACGCACAAGAAUCACCUGUCCGCCCAGGCAGUAUUGUGGAAGCAUCAGGGAAGAGCAGCACAAAGGUACUUGAUAAUUCAGACUCGGAGCUGGAUUCUCAACCCCUUGGAAGUGAUAUCCCGCCUCCAACAGACAAGGCUGCUGAAUCACAAGUUCACUACCCUGGAGUUGAUUUGCAUUACCUUGCUAUGACCCAGAAGAACAUCCAGCCAACACGUUCCUCUUUGAGUUCGGAUUCGGGAAGUUUAAUACUUACUCAGACACUGGAUUAUCUUGUGACAAAUCCCAAGACCAUUUGGGAAAUUGUCAUACCUGUUUCAUUGCUGAAGAAGAGACUCGAGAGAACGAUGCAAGAGACUGGGUUACUUAAUAUCGAUUACGCCGAUCCUUUCUAUUCCAAGAAAGGUGAUGUUCACGCUCAGCCGUUGGUUUUUGCUAAUCGCAAAAUCAUUGUUCCUUAUAAUGGUGUCGAUUCUCUCCCGAAUUUUGUGGUGGCUGGAACUACACAUACUCUUGAGGGUCAGGUUGGUGAUAUCAUUUAUGAUAAGGGCAAAAGGAAAGAAGGCUCUUAUUUAUUACAGUUUGCUAUGGAACCUCCGUCAAAAUCAACUAUCAGACGAGGAAUUGUGGAUUUGGAAAGAAUGCAAAUUAAGAGGAGAAAGAAAUUUAAGUCACAAAUUGAACCGGCUGUGACGCUAACUCACGAUUACAAAUACUCAUUGCGUCCGCAUCACGUUGACAGAAACCCUAGUGAAUUCUUGAAGUUGACACUCAUGCACAUGGAGAUCCACGUCAACACUUCAGGUGAGCUUCUACCCAAUCCUCGGAAGGAUCCAGUCACAAUGAUCAUCUUCCAUUUCGAUGACGCCAAUAACAUGUACUCAACAGGUGGCGGAGUCACCUCUAUUCUUCUUAACAUCGAGGCUCUGCUGGACAAAGAUCUAAUAAUUAAACAAUUAAGAAGAAUAUCCGAACAAAUCAAAACAGAAAUAAGAUUCUGCAACACAGAACGUGAAACAGUGUACGAGCUUGUGCGGAAAGUUGACGAAUAUGAUCCAGAUAUACUUUCAGGCUACGAAGUUAAUGGAUCAAGCUGGGGUUAUCUUAUUGAGCGUUUCAAAGAGAAAUUCAAAGAUAACCUAAUCCCUCUUUUGAGCAGAUCGUUGUCUUUCGCAAAUGGAAAAUUUGGCGAUCGGUGGGGAUAUACCCACACUUCUGCUAUAAAGAUAAAUGGUAGACAUAUGUUGAACAUUUGGCGACUUCUAAAAUCAGAACUCAGCUUAACUUCUUAUACCCUUGAGCUGAUAAGUUUCCAUGUUCUACAUGAGAGGCUUCCUAAGAUUUCAAAUCUUGACUUGUCCAAUUUAAUUUGUCAAUCAACCUUUGCUCAGCGACUAAUUUUUUUCAAAUACUACAAUCAAAGGAUCUAUUCAAUCAUGAGAAUCCUUGACGUCCAAGAGUUUGUUCUCAGAAAUGUCGAACAGUCCCGCUUGAUUGGCGUUGAUUUCUACUCCAAUUUUUAUAGAGGCUCGCAGUUCAAAGUGGAGUCAAUCUUGUUGAGAAUAGCAAAAGAGGAAAACAUGCUUCUCGACUCACCUUCGAAGGCUCAAGUCCAUGAAAUGCGAGCUUUAGAUGUGGUUCCUCUUAUCAUGGAACCCGAUUCCAACUUUUACAAAUCGCCACUUGUGGUGCUUGAUUUUCAAUCAUUGUACCCUUCAAUCAUGAUCGCCUACAACUAUUGCUAUUCCACCCUCAUUGGAAAAAUCGAAGGAUUCAAUCCCAGCAGCAACGAAGUUGGCUUUAUGAAGCAUCUAGGGCUUCCACCAGGAAUCAUCGAAAUGCUAGAAAAGAACGGAGGUUUGAACAUAUCCCCGAACGGGUACAUGUUCGUUUCUUCCAAAUUUCGAAAAUCAGUGCUAGCGAAAAUGUUAGAAGAAAUUCUUAACAUGAGAAUCAACAUGCGCUCAGUAGCAGCUGCAUUUCCAGAAGAUGUGGAACUCUCGAGACUUCUCAACUCCAAGCAAUUGGCCAUGAAAUUGAUUGCCAAUGUCACUUAUGGUUACACUUCGGCAAGUUUCAGUGGAAGAAUGCCUAACUCCGAUAUUGCUGAUGCAAUUGUAGCAACUGGCCGAGAGCUUAUGACUAAGUCAAUUGAGAUAAUCGAAUCGAGUGAAUACGGAGCUAAAGUUGUUUAUGGAGAUACCGAUUCCUUGUUUGUAUACUUUCCCGGCAAGUCAAAGGAGGAUGCGUUUAAGUUUGGCAGAAGUUUAGCUAAAAAAGUAACGGACUAUCUCCCUGAUCCAAUCAAAUUGAAGUUUGAAAAGGUAUACCAUCCGUGUGUCUUGAUCGCGAAGAAGAGGUAUGUUGGACAGUGCUUCGAGUUAGAGAACCAAGUAACCCCCAAGUUUGAAGCUAAAGGCAUCGAGACAAUCCGGAGAGAUGGAAUACCUGCGCAGCUGAAGAUGGUGGGGAAAACACUUCGUAUUCUUUUCGAAACAAAAGAUCUCUCGAAAGUGAAGGAGUAUGUGCUUCGACAGUUCCACAAGAUUCUUACAAAUAGGGUCAACGUCAAGGAUUUUUGUUUUGCAAAAGCUGUCCGUUAUGGCACCUACAAAAAUGAACAAUACUUACCUCCUGGCGCUAUUGUGGCAAGAAAUAAGAUGAAGAAAGAUCCGAGAAGUGAGCCUCAGUAUAAAGAGAGGGUUCCAUACUUGGUGAUCAAAGACGUGACAAAGGAAAGAUUAAAGGAUCGAUGUUACAGCCCCGAAGAUUAUAUUGCAUCUUAUAGCACUGAGAACCCUAUGCAACUUGACUAUGACUACUACAUCAACAAAGUGUUGAUACCUCCACUUGAGCGAGUGUUCAAUCUCAUGGGUGUCAAAGUCAAGGAAUGGUACAGGGACAUGCUGAGAGAUGCCAAACUGCUUGUCCAGAAAAAGGAUGAUAUCGUCAAAAGUGCUUAUGUUCGUGUGAAAGAGUGUUUCUAUUGCAAGAAGGAACUAGACGGAGACUCGGACUAUUUGUGCAAGGCUUGUCUUUCUUUACGAGUAGAAGUCAUGACCAACAUUAUUCAAGCUUGGAAGGAAAAAGAGAAACAGGUUAUGGAAUACAAAUAUACUUGCAAAGAGUGCAACUACAAGAGUUUUGGAGCAUCGAUGAAUUCAGAAAUUGAUACUAAGUGUUGCAAUCAAGAUUGCGAGGUAUACUACGCCAAGUUCAAGAGCAUCAAUGAAUGCGAGCUACUUGAGCAGGAGACAAAAGCGGUAAUAAUAGACGACAGUAACCUACAAUGGUAA